AUGGCUCCUAAGCGCAACCCCCAGCAUCAACAAGACGUACGCAACGAAGAAUCAGUUAACGAGUGGGCUGAGCUUCGUCGAACGCUCUUGGCUAUGCAGGAAAAUAUUCAGGCCACGAUCACCACCUCCAUUCAGGAACUCGCAGAGACAGUCUUGAACCAUCGCGAGCAGCAUCGCCAACAACAGUCAUCGCAGGGUUCAGAUGAGGAAUCAGUCGACUCGCGUGUUAAUCCGUUUGCUCGGGAUCAGCAAAGGCGACAGCGUGUCGGGGAUCGCGGGUUUGACAGAGGCGAUCGGAACUGGGAAUCGAGCUUUAAAGUGGAGAUUCCAGAAUUUCAUGGUGGCGCACGCGGAGACGAGCUCCUUGACUGGCUUGUCGCUGUGGAUGAGGCGAUGGAAUUCAAACAUGUUCCUGAAGAUCGUAAGGUUGCUCUUGUUGCAACGAAGUUUCGUGGCAGAGCUGCAUCCUGGUGGAUGCAAUUGAAAUCGACAAGGUCUCGCACCGGUAGAGACAAAAUCAGUACAUGGGACAAAUUGCAGAAGCAUCUCAAACAAGCGUUUUUGCCGCAGAACUAUGAUCACACAAUGUAUACGAGACUACAGAAUCUGCGUCAAGGGUCGCGUACUGUUGAUGAGUAUGCCGACGAAUUUUUUCUCUUGGUGACGCGUAAUGAGAUCUUUGACUCUGAGAUACAGCUAGUAUCACGCUUUAUUGGAGGCUUAAGACAACAGAUCCAGACCGCGAUGAUACAGUUCGAUCCUACCUCUUUGGCAGAAGCGCACCGUCGUGCAGUGGCUUUUGAGCAACAAUUUAAAUCGGGUUCCAACUGGUCUUCAGCUAACCGCAACCGUGUCAUUGGGUCAACAAAUGGGGAAGCGGCUCAGGCCAAUCACACGGGCAAGGACAUUGUCGAUGGGUCUCAGAACAGUGGUCCUAACCAAGACAAUGCUGGUGACGUCCAAGCAUUGCGUCGCUCGUCGCGACCUAACAUGCUCUGUUGCUACACGUGCGGCAAGCAGGGUCAUCUUCAGACGGCCUGCCCAAAGAAAUCUCGUCGUGGGUUGCUCAUAGAUGAGAUCAAAUGGGACGGUGAUGAUGAGGAGGGGCAGGAACUCGAGAAUGACGAGCUACCUGUAAAACAUACUUCGGGCGACCAUGGUCAGUCAUUGGUGGUUCGUGUCUGCAUAUCCCCGGUAGCGAAUAAGGAACCGUGGCUUAGAUCGAAUAUCUUUCAGUCUACCUGUACGAUCAAGGGCAAGGUGUGCCGAUUUGUUAUCGACUCUGGUAGCUGUCGGAAUGUGGUGUCGGAAAAAGCAUGUCGUAAACUGAGUCUGCGACGGGAGGAACAUCCUGCUCCGUAUAAACUGACUUGGCUGAAAGACGAUACCGAGGUUCGCAUCACUCAUCGCACGUUGGUCUCGUUCUCCAUCGGUACCCACUACAAAGACAAGCUCUUUUGUGAUAUCGUACCUAUGGAUGUCAGUCAUUUGUUUUUGGGCCGUCCAUGGCAGUAUGAUCGUUACGUCAUGCACCAUGGGAAGAGCAACACUUACUCGUUCGUGUUUACGAACAGGCGUAUCAUCCUCACUCCGAAUCCUCCAUUCUCGCCAUCUCCAUCGCGAGCAUUGUCGGAGCUGUCUCCUCCACACGCCGUUGAGUGUACUCCUCCUACGCCAGUUCUAUUGUGUUCAUUAACUUUGUUUCAAUCUGAGUUUCAGGACACAGGGUUUGCGAUUGUUCUUUUGUCCUCUUCAGUGCCAUCAGAUGCACCUAGCGUGUUACCUCCACAGAUAGCGGGCUUAUUAGAGGAGUUCAGGGACGUGUCGCCGAGUGAGUUGCCACAGGGACUCCCUCCUCUUCGUGAUAUUCAGCAUCACAUUGAUCUUGUUCCAGGCGCGUCUUUACCAAAUCGUCCUCACUACCGCAUGAGUCCCCAAGAGCAUGAGGAGUUGCGACGUCAGGUUGAAGCGUUGAUCGCAAAAGAACAUGUCAGGGAGAGCUUAAGUCCUUGUGUGGUUCCAGCGUUGUUGAUACCCAAGAAAGAUGGUUCUUGGCGUAUGUGUGUGGACAGCAGAGCGAUCAACAAGAUUACUGUACGAUAUCGCUUUCCUAUUCCUCGUCCUGAUGAUUUGUUGGAUCAGAUUGGUAGUGCAAGGUCUUCUCUAAGUUGGAUUUGA